AUGGUGGAUUCAUUUUUUGUUAAUCCUACCAAACGUCGAAAGACUGCCAGUUCCAGUGGAGGAAGUGGUAGCAACAAGAGGGCAGCUACGUCUAAUGGAAUUCGAAAGAAUGGUCCUAGCAGAGUCAAUGGAAGGUCAAAUAAUAAGAGCCAGAAUGGCAGAGCUAGUGAUGAUGAAAAUAAUGAUGACGAAGGACUGGAAUCAGACGAUUUAGACAGCGAUGUGUCCAUGGAGGAUGACGAUAAUGUAAACUCCGACGACUCGGAAGACGAAUUUGGAAACGAAACAGAGGCUGAUAAACGGAGAAGAUUGGCUAAACAAUAUCUUGAAAAUAUUCAAACAGAACUGACUGAGGCAGGUGACGACGCAUUUGAUGCCAAAGACCUUGACCGUGAAAUCAUCAGUCGAAGACUUAAAGAAGAUGUUGCCGAAACAGUAGGAAAAGUAUACAGAUUCAUUGGAGAUUCCUUUGAUUUUAAAAGUGUGAGCCCUAAAAACGGUACAGCACAGUUAAUACAGGCUAAAGCAUAUGGCAUUACCAGUGUGGCCACAAAUUAUCCAUUUGCAUAUACAACAUCAAAAGACUUGACCCUCACCAAGUGGGACAUUUCCAAUGCGAAGAAGCCCCGUGUCGUGCGGUUCGUUAAAGGAAAUCACCGAGUCAAGACUCCUGAAGAGAGAGAAACAUUCAAGGGACACUUUGACGAGAUACUUUGUGUAGCCGCCUCGUCAGAUGGUAAAUACGUUGUUACUGGAGGUAGAGACAGACGAUUGGUUGUAUGGUCGGCAGAAAGUCUGGCACCUAUCAAAGUAUUCGAGACUAGGGACCGUAAAGGAGUUGUCAUGGGACUUGUGUUCCGAAGAAAUACAAACGAGCUAUAUGCAUCUUGUGCCGACUUGAAGGUGCGAACUUUUAAUUUAGACCAGUUAGCUCAGGUCGAGAUUCUGUUCGGUCACCAAGAUGAAGUGGCCGACAUCGCAGCUCUCGGUCAAGAAAGAUGUGUCAGUGUGGGGUCUAGAGACCGUACAGCUAUUAUCUGGAAGAUCGCGGAGGAGACAAGACUUACAUUCCGAGGUGCUGACACUGUUAGUGGUUCAACGAGUAACAAGAGCGGAAGCAAGAGUAAGGUUAACGACUCUGGAUACGACGCUUAUGCACCCACCAAAAAGAUUCUCGAGGGUAGUAUUGACUGCUGCUCGAUGAUAGACGACCAGCUAUUUGUGACGGGAUCCGAUAACGGAAACGUCAGUCUGUGGUCUGUUAAUAAAAAGAAGCCCUUGUUCGUUCUAAGAGAAGCACACGGACGAGAUGAAUCGCUGUUGCCAGAUCAGGUCUCAGCAGAGACUGCUGCUGGAGUUUCAGUGCCACCACCACCUGCUCUGCCUCGCUACAUUACCAGUAUUUAUGCGAUUCCCUUUUCCGAUACCUUUUUCACGGGCUCGUGGGACGGACAAAUUCGGGCCUGGAAACUCAGCGCCGACCUGCGAACCUUUGAACCCCUUGCCACUGUAUCUGGAGCUUCAGGUAUCGUGAACCGUAUCUCUGUAGUCGAGACAGGCUCCAAGGGCAAAGAGACCUUCACCAUUGUGGGAGCGGUGGCCAAAGAGCUGCGUCUCGGCCGCUGGCUCAAAGUCAAGGGCAAAAACGGACUAUUCACGGCGACCAUUGCCCGAAAGUAG